UCAUUCCUAUAUCUCCGGGAAAGAAGAACCGCGAAAAGAGACUAGUCAAGAUCCUUUGUUGCCAUCAAAUAAAAACGAAGAUGCCUCUCUUUGUUCACUCUACAUCUCAGGCGAAGAAACAUCAGACGAGUAUGAGCCAAGAACCACCUUCGAUGAACACAGACGAAGCCUUGAAGAGUCAUUGCUUCUCGCAAAAUCCAAAUUACUUCGAGAGUACUCUGCCUAGAAGAUACCAUAGUAACUUUUCGCUUGGCUCACAAAGACUCUCUGCCCAGUUUCUGAUGAUCCCUAACCCUGGAUUUGUCGUCAUGACAAAAACUCAGGAUACUAAUCCAGCAAGUCUUCAGUCUGUGCCUACAACUAGCUCUUCUUCUCUGCCUCCAAAGACUAUCUCGAAAGAGCAAAAUGAAAAUGAGGAGCCACAAUGGACCAUCAGGAAGGAACUGACAAAGAGCGAUGUUAACUAUGUUACUAACCAAAAACUUAUUCUGGCAAAAAGCUUUGUUGAGGAGCACAUUCUGAAAAAUCUCCCUCUAGAAGAUUCCCAAAAGAUAGACAGAGGUAAACCCGGAAUCACGGUUAAGGUGUAUGACCACGAUACAGACAGUGAGCACGAGCUGUGUCUAGCACUCCGGAGUAGCUAUGUUCUCAAGAAUGGUUGGUUGAAAACAUUUAUUCAAAGAAGAGACUUGAAGAAAGGAGACGAAGUUGGUCUCUUCUGGGAGUGUUCUACUUCUAAGCUUCAUUUUAGUGUGCUUUCUCGUGCAAUCGCAAAAGCUCCUGCAUAA